GCAGCAGUGCCUGAAGAUAUGACAACAUGCUUUGAUCCUAGUGAGCCAUCAUUAGAAUCGCUGAUAUGUGUGGUUGCCAUUGCACUGCUUACCAUUUUCUUAUUUCUUUGGAGAGGAUAGCGAUCAAUUCAGAGCCGACUUUAUUUGAGUAAAGAGAAUAGACUGGCUGUGGAACUUGCAAUGGAAAUCAAAAAGAAAUGUGAUCUAAUUGACAAAGUGUGCCUUGCUCAAGAGGAGUAUGAAGGCUUAGAGUCAUCCUUAAAGGAGGCCAACUUUGACAAGUCAUCAACAGAAGUACAGAGUUUGAAGUAUAAAAAUCUAGAAAGAGAUAAAUCUAAACUUGAAGAAGAAAUAUUACUUAUAGAGAAGAAACUAGAAGAAGAGAGAGCUAAAAGUUAUGAAGAAGAGGAAUUGAUGAGCGACCUUUCAAAAAUGAUGCAGUCUCUAGCAGAUGAAUCACAGUCUCUCAAAUCACAGCUAGCUGAAGCCAAAACCACAUUAAGAAUAUUUGAAAUAAAUAAAGAACGACUUAAAGGAGUAAUAACAGAUACCUUGAAUGAAAAUUCUCAACUUCAGGAAAGCGAGCAUCAGCUUUUAGAAGAAGCUAAAAUCAUGAAAGAACAAAUGAAUCAACUCAAUAAACAGAAAAUAGCAAUCGAAGUAUCUAACGUACAGGCAGAGCAACUCCUAAAAGUUAAGGAAAAUCAGAUCAAGAUAAUGGCUUCUUUGAGGAAGCUAAUAUAUGCUACUGAGUUAAGCGCUUCGUUAAAAACCCUAGAAGGAGACAGAAACCAAAUUUAUACUCAUUUAUCUAAAAUAGAUGCAACAAAUGAUGAUCUUAUAGAGCAUAUGCGAUGUCUUACAUCUGAAAAAGUGUCUCUGAAGUCAGGUAAUACACAACUUGAAAUCGAGAAACAGAAGCUUCAAAGGAAAAUCACAGUGAUGAGGGAGCUGUACCAAGACAAUGAAAGGAUGCUUCACAGGAAAAUAACAGUGGAGGAAAAUUGUAGAUUGGAGAAAGAGGAAGAAGUUUUCAAAGUGAACAAGAGAACUAGCCAUGUGAACAAGGAACUAGAGACCUAUAGACGGUGUGCAAAGGAUAUCGAAGAAGAAUUGGAGAGAACAAUUUCCUCCUAUCAAGGGCAGGUUAUUGCUCAUGAACAAAGGGCACAUGACUAUUGGGAGAGUGGAAAGUGUGAAUGGCAUUUGGAUCUGGAAAUGGUUUGGAAAUUACUGAAAACUGGAAAUUAG